AUGAGCGAGGCCAGGCAAGCGCGACCGAGUGACUGCCACGUAACCGUCGCUCACCUGUCCAAGCUGGGCAGGCGGACUGCCUUGUUCGUCCGCGACGCUGCUGGAGGAAGGAAGCCACGGCCAACGCCACAGAACAAUGGGCAGCGCGGCGUCCGACAUCCCUGGAAGCAGCUUACUUGCCUCAUCUCUUGCAUUUGCAGGCAGCGCGCAUCAUCAUCGCGUGCAGCGUGCCGCGUACCUUCGGGCGGCGGCGCCGCAUCGGCAGCCGUCGCCGCCGCACGUUGUGAGCACCCAUCCCCACCAACCGCCUUGGACCAUCUUCCCAUCUUCGUCUAUCCUUCUCCUCCGGCUAUCGAUGGGUGA